AUGAGAUCAGGCUGCUGCUCCCUCUGCACAUCAUCCUACGAUGACCUUCAAAGAAAACCGGUUCCCGUUAUGAACAAUGUAGAGCAGGAAAAGACUGAGUCAUUCAUCAAACACGGAAGCAAUACUGGGAACGAUAUAUUAAAACUAAGUCAUGACGCACCACAGAGCUCUAGAUUCAACUCUGAUUCCGUGGAUUCAGCAGCUACAACAGGAUCAAGAGCUUGGUCACUGAGGAGCUGA